UUACAGGCUGGCCUCCGCACACUCCAUGAUAUUGGGCCGGAAAUUCGCCGAGCGAUAUCAUGUGAUCUGCAAGAUGACGAUCUAGUAGACUUUAUUCCUGAGGAAGACGAGGAAAUUUAUAGGCGUAACGGCGGACUCUUUGGGAACCACCUCAUGAACGGUGGCCAUCGGCGGCCUGACGGGCAUCAGACCAACACCACACAGCGCCCCCUGCAGGUGCAGCCUCCACCUCACUACGCUCACCUGGAGCAGCCGGUGGGGCGUCUGUCUCGAGCUAACGCAAUGUCCCACGCCAGCCACGUCCAUCGCCACCACCACCACCACCAUCACCACAACUCGUACGGCAAGUCUCCUAAAUCCACCAACAUCAACCUAAACAAUGCCAACGUGUCUAGCCUACCCAACGGAGGGCACCAUUACUACUACGACCACGCACCUCCCAAUGGAUACCCAGGUUUACGCAGUUCCUACUAUGACUACCACAAGCCACGGACACCCCAGGGUCAAAGAAGGCGCUACUAUGAGGCGUAUGUUAGGUCACACAGAGGUGACGACCAUCACCCCACCAUCCGCAGGGAGGACGAGUUUGAUGAGGACCGCUUGUCUGGGGAAUAUUACAGCGGGGAGGAGUUUUAUGAGGAUGACAGUAUGCUGUCUGGGGACAGGUAUCAGAACAGUGACACAGAGUAUGAGACUCCUAAAGGCUACCAUCACCCUGACAGUUAUUACGAUGAUGAUGAGCAGCCUCUGUACCGAGACUCUAGAAGGUCACCAAAAAGAAGGCUGCUUCCAGCCACACCUCCUCAAGGUCACAGAAGGCCGUCUUUUAACUUUGAGUGUUUGCGCAGACAAAGUAGCCAGGAUGAGCUUCCACAUCACCGUACUGCUUUACCCCUGCACCUUAUGCAGCAUCAGGUUAUGGCUGUAGCAGGCCUGGACUCCAGCAGAGCCCAUUGCCUCUCCCCGACCCGCUCCACUCGCUCCUGGGCCACGCCUCCCGCCACCCCGGCCAGUAAAGACCAGUCGCCGUACUACACACCUCUCAUCCGUGUGGACCGCCCUCAGAGGGACAGUAUUGCUAGGAGCCAAGUGUCUGUGCGCAAGAGUUCCUGGUACUCGGAYGACCCAGAGUUCUCCCAGAGGACGUACUCACCUGUCCACCUGCAGGUACCACCUGAGUACCACAACCAGUACCAUCAGAAGAGAGGCAGUGCAACCAGUCUUGUAGAAGCGGUUUUGAUAUCAGAGGGUCUUGGGAGAUUCGCCAAGGAUCCCAAGUUUGUCGCCGCCACGAAGCACGAGAUAGCAGAUGCAUGCGAGAUGACGAUAGAUGAGAUGGAGAGUGCAGCCAGCCACCUGCUGAAUGAAGGAAURGCCCCCGGCAUCAACGGGGUCAACGUCUUUCCCUUUUUAACUCCAAGGGACUACGAGCUGCAGGACACCGGAGCCAGCUACAGCGACGAGGAGCCGGAGCCGGAACCCAGAGCUCCUUACGAGGAGGACCUGGCAGACGAGAUGAUCUGCAUCACGACUUUAUAGCAGUGGCUGGAGAAUUCGGCAGAUCUGAACUUUGGUGGGAAACAAUCGUGAACACAGGAAACAAAAGCAAUGCAUCUGUUGGCUCUGACCAAAAGAAGUGCCUUUUACACUGAAAGGAAAAGGCAUACAAAGAAGAAAGACAUGCCACAGUAGUCCUGCUCUUUGAAAUGCUCUCCACCUGCCAGCGGAGGAGGUCACGCUUCAGAGCCAGCGACCAUCUUUCCUGACGUGACCCCCCCUCCCCUCCUUUAAUGGUCUUGACCUGGAGGUAACACAAUGGCAAUCAGAGGCCAGGAAAACAAAUUGCCAGUGAAAGAGAUGGACCAGCUGGCGACGGUGUGAGAUCUUCUACAAGGGCGGGGUCUCUAAAGGUGAUGACAAUCAGAUGUUUGAUGUCAUUACCUCAGUCACUUUAAUAAAGUUUGGCAUAUCAUGCAAGUUUUCAAUGCAAGAAUAGAGAGUAAUAUCUUGUAGUGUUUAGAAAUUUAAAAAAAAACUUGAUCCCUUUCUUGUUAGAGCAGCAGGCUGUUGUAGAAUAAAGCUAAAGGAAAACACGAAGAGCUCCAGUAGUGUUGUACCAGAUUAUGCAGGAAUUAUUUGUCCUAUAACAGCAUCACUUUGAGAUGUGUACUUUUGAAGCAACAAAAGCAUUUUGGGGGUAAAUGCACUAGCAGGCGGGUUAUUUUAAAGAAAUUUUUUUAGAAUAGCCUGAUUAAUAUUUCCUCGUUGAAAUGCUGUAAAUUGUAUCAUAUAACAAGAUAAACUUUGUAAAGAGAAAUUCUAUAUUUUGUAAUUAUGUAUGAUUUAAAAGAUCAGCAAUAUGAAUCCAUGUUAAACUCUAAAAAGCGGAUGCGUGUUAUUUUCUAAGGUUCUCUGCUCGGAUAUUUACUUGCCUUUUAGGUUUCGCUUGUAUGCACUUUUUAUUUUGCCUGUGAAAACCUUUUUAGAGG